UCAAUCGCUGCUUUUCUAAUAAAUUCAUUGCGCUCAAAACUUAUGACGAACCAAAAUAUGCGUUCUACAGUUUUGCCACAGACCGAUCGGCACGAUCGUGGCGAAAUCCGUCGCUCUUGGAACCCUGUGGUGAACGCCGAGCUUGGUGUAUACGGUUGCCGUACGAUGUACGAAGGCUUUCGACGGGGUGCCAAAGUGAACCCGCUCGGUCCCUGUAUGGGCUUUCGGGCUGUGUCGACCACUGGUUUUGCGACGCCCUUCAUCUACAGCUCAUAUACGGAGUGCUUGGCUCGCAUCGACGCCUUUGCUGCUGGAUUGGAUACGCUCAAGUUGAUUCAACCAAAUGAGGACGGUCUCGCGGUGCUGGCCUUGUACAUGAAAAACUGCAUGGAAGGCGCGAUUGGGGAGCAUGGAGCCUUUGCAAUUGGUGGAUCGUCGGUACUAAUGUACGAUACGCUGGGACCUGAUACCGUUACCUUUAUUUUGGACCAGACCAGCGCUCGUUCGGUGGUAUGCACCCGUGCGGAACUACCUAAGCUUUGCGAGUCCAAGGUAUCCGGAAAAUGCCCAGCAUUUACGGCCGCAAUUUUAGUAGAUGGUGUCACGGAAGAUGCCGCGAAGAUGGCUUUAGAAGCAGGCCUGGAGGUCCUUUCGUUUGCCAAAGUAGAGGCGGUAGGAGCUGUGUGCAUUGCGGAAAAGGGGCAUCAUCAUCGGCCGCCGGCGCCAACCGAUGUAGCCGCAUUUUGCUACACAAGUGGAACAACUGGCAACCCAAAGGGCGCUCUUUUGACCCAUGAAAAUAUCAUGUCCGCCAUUGCAGGCUUCUAUGGCGCUGUUGGUGACUUGGAAGCCCAGCCGUUUGACAGGCAUUUGUCCUACCUUCCUUUGGCCCAUAUUUUUGAGCGCAUCGUAAGCUCACAAAUGUUUUGUGCGGGCGCGUCGGUAGCGUUUUUUCGUGGUGAUCCAACUCUUUUGAUAGAAGAUAUGCAGGCCUGCCGACCCACGGUGAUGCCCGUGGCUCCUCGCGUUCUGAAUAAGAUAUACGAUAAGAUCCAAGCCGGUAUUUCGUCGGUCGGAGGACUCAAGAAGAAACUGUUUGACGCAGCGGUUGCGGCGAAAGCGGAAGGCUUGCAGAGUGGUCAUAUGAAACACGCUUUAUAUGAUCGUCUUAUUUUUAACAAGAUCAAGAAAGGUUUAGGUAUGGACCAGCUCCGCAUGAUGGUGAGCGGUUCAGCUCCUCUGAACGACACUGUCAUGACCUUUUUCCGAUGUAUGCUAGCUAUUCCGGUUGUGGAAGGCUAUGGCCAAACGGAAGGUGCUGCGGCAGCUACCAUUGGAUCAUCUGAUGACAUGGCAACCGUGGGUCAUGUUGGCGGACCGGUUGGCUCUGUUGAAAUUGUUCUGGUGGACGUCCCCGAGAUGGGCUAUUUUCACACUGACACCUUGCAUCGCGGCAUGGCUUGUCAGGGACGCGGUGAAAUUUGUGUCCGCGGUCCUAGCGUCUUUAAAGGCUACUACAAGGACGAUCUGAACACACGCGAAACGAUUGACAAUGAAGGUUGGUUACAUAGUGGUGAUGUUGGCUUGUGGCGUCCGGACGGAAAUCUUCAGAUCAUUGAUCGGAAGAAGAACAUCUUCAAACUCUCUCAAGGCGAAUACGUUGCGCCAGAAAAGAUCGAAAAUUUUCUGAUCAGUUCACCUCUGAUCGGUCAAUGUUUUGUCUAUGGAGAUUCGUACCAGAAUUCUUUGGUUGGCUUGAUGGUUCCAGACGAAGAGCCAGUUCGGACGUGGGCUGCAGUAAAUGCUCCGGAGCUAAAGUCGGCAUCUCUUGCCGAAAUGUGUAAUUCCGAGGCUCUGAAAGCGGCUGUCAUGGCGGAUAUUCAAAGGAUCGGCGUGGAAAGCAGGCUCCUCGGCUUUGAGAAACCGAAAGAUAUUUUGCUCGUAUCGGUGCCAUUCACGAUCGAGAAUGAAAUGAUGACUCCCACUUUCAAAUUGAAACGCCAAAAGAUUCGAGACACUUACGAAAAGGAAAUCGAUUUGCUCUAUGCUGGCCUCCCUCCUCCGCUCAGCAAGCUUUGA